AUGAACUAUUCGAAUCGAUUCUAUUCAUAUUCAAAAUGUGUUAGUCAUCGAAGUAAAUGGUUGCUAUCAAAUUGCGCAAAUCUAAUUUUAACUGACGUUGUUUGUCAAGAUACAUUAUCAACAAGUCGUUUAUUUUUAAAUCGUACGGGUGAGCUUUGUUCCUGCCAACAAAUGUUUGAUCCAUCAUCAUUUCAUUUAAAUAAUAAAGAAAAAUUUUUAACUUUAUUUGAAUUAAAAUAUUUACCAUCAAUUGAAACAUGUUCAACGAAUGAACAUUUAAUUUUACUUAGACAUCUUAGAUUAAGACAAUACUAUGAUAUAAAAUGUGAUGAAUUAAUUGAUAUAUGUGAAUUAACAAUUAAAGAAUCAACAACAACUGGUAAACGUUCAUUAAUGUUUUUAUUAGCUGAUUUUAUUAUUGAUAUAUUAAAUCAAAGUCCAAAAUUAGUUGAUGAUUAUUCUCAAACAAAACGAAUUAGUCUUAAACAAUAUUUAAAUAUUACACAAUGGAUGCCUGUUAUGCUCGAACGACCACAUUCAUAUCCAUCAACACUUACAUGGCAAGGUUCCAUCGAUUCCCGUCGUCCUUUUGUAACACCACGUGAAGUAUGUGAUAAAUCUCAUGCAUUUCUCGUUGGUGCAACAGCUCUUGUAUCUUCGCUUGAUUUACCUGAAUCAUUUGUUUCUGGAAUACGUUCAUCAAAUUCAUCAUCAUCAUCAAAUCGUUCAUUAAUCGAUAUGCGUGAAGUAAAACUUGAUUUAUUAAUAAAACAAUUAAAAUGUAUUGUUUUAUGUUAUUUAAAAUGUUCAUUACAUGAACAAAAAAGUGAAACAUUUGAUUAUUUAAAUUUAUGCAAACGAUUAUAUGAUGCAUUAUCAUAUAUAAAUAAUCCAAAUGACAUAUUAAAAGAAAUGCGUAUAUGUGAUUUAGUUGAAUGGAUAUGGAAUGGUUCAAAUGGUUUUUCAUCAUCAAAUCAAUUAUAUCUUAUUGAUAAGACACAUCCAUUAGCAACUUAUGUUCAAAUACUUCCAUAUGAAUUGUAUAAUUAUAGAAAAUUUUUUGAAACUAUGGGUGUUAAAUAUCAACCUGAAUCAGCUAAAUUAGAAGAAUUAUUACGUAAUCAACAAAUAUAUGAUGAAAAUUUAUUUAAAUGGAUUAAAGAUACAUAUACAACAGAUCGUCGUUUAUUGCAAAUGUUAAAUGAUCUUGAAAUAAAAGCUAAUAAACAAAUUCCAACAAAAUCUGUUCCAGAUGAACAAACACGAAUAACAUUUUCAAGUACACUAGAUUUAUCAGAUGAUAAAAUUUAUCUUUAUCUUCCAGAUAUAUUUAAUAAACAAAAUAAUGUUAAAGAGAUUGUUGUUCAAGCAUUAACAACUAUUUCAAAAGAAAAAAAAUGUCAAUUAUUAACGGAAGAAGAUUAUUUUAUACGUAAAAUGUCUGGAAAUGAAUAUCAAAAAAAUUUAUAUGAUCAUUAUCGUGCAUAUAAUGAUUUACUUUUACCUAAUUUAAAUGUUUUGCCUAAAAAUGUUAAAGAUAUUUUAGUUCUUUUUGCAUUAGAUCAUGCUGAUGCAUUAAUGUUGAAUAUUUUAAAACAACAUUGCUGUAUACCAUGUACACCAAACGGAAGAAUUUUAAAUAAACCAUCUAAAUUAAUACAUCCAUAUUGUCGUUUAGCAUCUCUUUAUUCAGAUAUUGACUCAUUAUUUCCAUAUGGUGGACAAGAUUCGUAUUUAAGAGAAGAUAGAUUAAAUGUUUUAAAAUUACUUGGCAUGAAAUGUGAUGAUAAUCUUGUAACAUGGCCUGAACUCGUUGAACGUUGCGAAUCAAUUCAACGUAUGCGUGAUUAUGAUUUAGCUCAUGAACGUUCAUUAGCACUUCUUCAAAUUCUUAAUGACAUGUUAACAUUAUCAAAUUCUAAUACCACUCGAACAUUUGAUGAAAAUGAUGACUCAUCAGAUCGUCGUUCACGUCAAUCAUCAUCAAUAUCACGUGAAAAACCAACUAAUUCUCAAACAUCAAAUGUUCAUACACAUGAAGGAUUGCAUGAUAAAGAAGCACGUUCACGUGCAUCAUUACAAUUACGUGAAUUACCUUUUAUACCAAUAAAACAACGACCUACAGAAUUAAAUGGUAUUAGUUUAACAUGGAUGGGUGAUAAAUAUAUUGGUCGAUUAUUUAAACCAAAAGAUAUUUUAUCACAACAAUAUGAACAAUUAGUUUGUUGUUCAUGGCCAAUAGCACAACAAUCAAAAAAUGCACAAGAACAAUCAAUUAUAACAAAACAAGUUGAACAUUUUCUUGGUCUUGAUGAUACAAAUAAAAUUGAAUUACGAGAUGUACUUAAGCAACUUGAUGAACUUACUAAAUUAACCGUUAUUAAUGGUCCUAGUUCAGCUACUUAUAAUCAUCAAAUCACAUCGAAAUCUAUACUUGACAUGAGUUAUUCAAUAUAUGAUUAUAUUCAAUCAUACUGUUUCCCACAUUUAAAAUCAAAUGAACAACGUACAUCAACAAUAAAAUCUAAUCAAUUAGAACAAUCUAUACGAGACGUACGAGAAUUUUUUUCUCAACGUCGUCUUAUUUAUAUGAAUGAUUCAUCAUCAACCGAUACAUAUUUAUUUUUGUCAUUGUCGCAAUUACUAUGGCACGCACCAAGUCGUACAUCAUUAUCAAAUAGUUUAAAACCAUAUUUUUAUCCGUUACCAAUAACAUUACAUAAAUAUUAUAAACAUUUUUUUCUUGAUUUAUUACAAAUUAAAAUACAAAUUGACGGUAAAGAUCUUUUAAAUAUAAUUGAACAAAUUAAAAAAAAAUAUGGAACAAAACCAAUUGAUAAAGAUGAUUUAACAUUAUUACAAAAUAUUUAUACAUUAUUAAUUGAACAAUAUUCAAAUGUUUUUAAUACAAAUAUUAUUUUACAUUUACCAAAUGUUGAUUGUGUUCUUCAUCCUGGUCCAACAUUAUUUUUUUAUCCAUUCGAACGAGAACAUAUACGUAAGUUUUAA